UGUGGAGGUUUUAGGUUAAGUUGUGAGGUGGCAGUAAGAGCUGUGUGCAACUCGCUGAUAAUGCCAGAAUGAAGAAAACACUUGGUUUAUGAAUAGUUAAAUAAUAGAUUUAGUACAAAUCUGUAAAUAUAUACGCUACAAAAUGUCUAAACGUAUGGGAUACGCUCCUGGUUACUUCCGCAUGCUUGAUAACGCACGACUGAUGCAGACCCACGUGAGUGUUUCCUGUUAACCUCUCACAGUGUUAGUUACCUGUUUUAAUAAGGUUUCCUCACAUAAAUAGGGACUUUACCUGAAGUCCGAACAAAAAGGAAGCUGUGGUCGACAUAAUCAAUGGGAGACAUACACAAUACGAAUUUCUAGUUAAUUCCAUGGCAUAUGGUUGUGGAAUCGGGCUUGAUUACCCAGAUCAAAUGUACAGUUAUGAGGAUUUGACUGAUGAUGAUGAUGAUGACGACGAUGAAUUUGGCAGUCAAAACAAUAGAUAUUGUGGCUUUACUGAACACUUUCUAGAUAAAGGGGUUUCCAAACAGCUGCCUGCAAUAAAGUGUUAUAAAACAACCAAACGCGCCACACCUGAGGAGGCUGCAAAAAUUGCUAAAGAACUUCUAGCUGAAGAGGAAAAACUUAAGAUAAAAGCAGAAAAGAAAAAACAGAAGAAAAUGAGGCAGCGAGAAAGACGUCGGUUAGAAAAAUUAGAAAAGGAAAACGGGAAUAAAGAUGGUGCCAAACAGGAUACUGGUGCUGCUGCUGCUCCAGCUUCAGUUAAAUCUAAACCAACAGAAAGAGAGUGUGAAAAUAAGAAGAAAACAAAUAACAGUGUACCUCCUGACCCUGGCCCACAGUGCAAUUCAGUAGCUACAGAGAGCAGUGACAGCUGUGAUGAUUUAGAUGAUGACGAUGACGACGAUGAUAAUGAUAAAGAUAGUUUAGUUGAUGAACUGGAGCUUGAUAUGAGCAGCUGCUUUGUGACCAAUGCUGCAGCCAUCGCAAAACGCAAACUUGAGCAGAAACCUAAAUCUGAUAGGAAAGACUGGAAAAAAGUUGGAAACGUUAAGAAGCAUGGAACAGCACAAAAAAGAGAUCCUCAGACUGAGAAUGUUAAAGAAAAGGAGGCAUCAGAGGAACCAGUAAAGGACAAUGUUACAAAGAGCAUGGAGCUGGCAGUGUUGGGGAAUAAAUAUGCUCAAACAGGAAAUUUGGAUAUGGCUGUGAAGUAUUUUACUGAUGCUAUAAAGCACAAUCCCCAAGAAGCUAAGUUGUUUGGAAAUCGCUCCUUCUGUUAUGAGAAAAUGCAACAAUACGAGAAGGCUUUAAUAGAUGCCGAUAUUGCUCUUUCACUGAACCCCUCGUGGAUUAAAGGACUCUACAGAAAAGGGAAAGCAUUAGUUGGGCUUAAGAGAUACUAUGAGGCUUGUUUGACCUAUAAGGAAGUUUUAAAGCUUGACAGCUCCUGUACUGAUGCUGCUCAAGAGCUCAUGAGGGUACAGAUAAUGCAGUUAAUGGAUAUGGGAUACACUAGAGAGCAAAGUUCAAAUGCUCUGAUUAUACACGGAACAGUAGAAAAGGCUUUAGAAGCACUCUCUGGUUUACAUGGUAAUAUAUCAACCGCUGAAGAAGUAAGAGUUUUUCCAGAGAGAAGUCCUCAACCUGUGAAAGUCCCACUCCGAACAGUCUCCCAGAACCCACCUAAAGUCAACACAGCUGUAUCGCCUACCCCAGAGCUGUUUCCAGUCUGGGUUGGGGAUCUUGUGCCUGCUAUAACAGAAUUAAAACUUCAUGAGCUCUUCAGCAAUUUUGGGCCAGUCCAUAGUGUAAGAUUAUUGUCAGCAAGACGAUGUGCUUUUAUUAACUACACCAACAAAGAGGACUGUGAGAGAGCCAUCAACGUAAUGCAUGGCUUUCGUAUAGCAGGGACUUGUCUUGCAGUUCGGUACCCUGACAGAAUCCACACACAUCUAGGUGUAUCCAAGACUGCAACAACAGAUGCAGGAAAAGUAACUAAGUUUCCUGAUGAGUGCUAUUUCUGGAGGACAACAGGUUGUAUCAAGAAUAAUCGGUGCCAAUACAGACAUGUACCAGAACACAAGGGCAUUGAUCGCCCAAAAGUUAAAUGAUAGGAAGACAUAGAAUUGCUAACAGUGCAAGAGCAGAUUCCAGAUGUUUCUCAUGUCACAUUUAUUAAUGAUCAUUGUCAGCUCACUAAAUACAUAGCAAUAUAUGCCAAGUUAUAAUCACUCAAAGACGAUUAACUGGCUGGAAUAUGGUUUUUCUUUGUUUUUUUUUGUUUUUUUUUUUAAACAAAUGAGCUUCACUAGAAAGGUUAAUUAUGUUCUUCAUUUGCUGUUAGAAUCCUGGAUAACUAAAACCAUUAUUUCUAUAAAAAAGAUUUGUAUUACUUUUCUAUCUGAAACCAGAAAGUAUUGGGAAUUGGUUUAUCUUAAGUAGAAAAUUUUAGCUAUUUUCCUUGCAUUUCAAAACUUAUUUUAUUUUCUUGAUUAUCAGAACUUUCAGGAGGCUUAUUACUAUUCAACUGGACACUUUUUAAAAAAAAAUAAAAUGUAAGAAACAUUACAAUAUGGUUUUCUGUGCCCUUCUCUUAUAAUUUUUUAAAACUUGUCUUUAUGGUUGUAUUCAUUACAUUCU